GGCGGUGCGAGGCGGAGCGCCGCUUCCGCCUUCCCGUGGGCUGUUCCUCGGCGGCGGGAAGGCCGAGCGCAGGAGAUGGCGUCGCUGCUGCCGCGCAUCGAACGGCUCUCGUCGCGCGUGGUGCGGGUGCUGGGCUGCAACCCGGGGCCUAUGACUCUGCAGGGCACCAACACCUAUCUGGUGGGCACCGGGCUCAGAAGAAUCCUUAUUGACACAGGUGAGCCAGCUAUUCCUGAAUAUAUUGGCUGCUUGAAGCAGGCCCUGUCCGAGUUCAACAUCUCAAUUCAAGAGAUCUUAGUGACACACUGGCAUCGUGAUCAUACUGGUGGAAUACCUGACAUCUGCACAAACAUCCCAAAUGACUCUGAAUAUCGCAUCUGUAAGCUUCCUCGUGUCCCUCACUGUGAAGAAAUAAUAGGAGAUGGAGGAUAUAAAUAUUUAUAUCUUAAAGAUGGGGAUGUGAUACAGACAGAGGGAGCCACACUCAGAGUUUUAUAUACACCUGGGCACACUGAUGAUCAUAUGUCUUUACAUCUAGAAGAGGAAAAUGCUAUAUUUUCUGGUGACUGUAUUUUAGGGGAAGGAACAACAGUAAUUGAAGACCUGUUUGAUUACAUGAAAAGUUUGAAAAUGUUAUUACAAAUGAAACCAGAUUUAAUAUAUCCAGGUCAUGGCCCAGUCGUCCGUGAUGCAAAUGCUAGAAUUCAAGGAUACAUUUCUCACCGAAAUGCACGUGAAGAGCAAAUUCUGAAUGUUUUCCAGAAGAACGCUGGAAAAUCAUAUACAUCUUCAGAGCUUGUAAAGAUGGUGUAUAAGGACAUUCCUGAAAAUUUACUUCUAGCAGCAGAAAACAACGUCGUAGUCCACUUGAAGAAGUUGGAAAAAGAAGGAAAAGUGUGUAAGUUGGGGAUGGUGGGAUGUAAAGUACGUGAUGCAUCUCCCAGCUUUAGAUGGAGAAACAAUCUGUAGCUUACACAAGAUUGCUCGAGAGCAUUUUCAGUCUGCACGGCUGCUGCAUGAAAAAAGAGAAUGAUGAGCUUGGACGAUUUAUGAAGUAAAAGUCUUUCAUUUGUUUUUUAGGUUCUAACAAUUUAAAAGUGAUGUUUAUUAAACGUAAUAAAUUGGAGAGUGCAAAAACAAAUCUGUAGUAAAAAGAACAAAGAUCAGAUAUUUAAGCUGCUUUCGUUGUGCUUUUCAAAAAGUGAUUCUGAUGGUAACUUCUCUGUAAAUUCUAAAAACAACCAAUUUUUGCUAACAAGUGGAAAUACUGUUUUUCAUAUUCUUUUCCAUAAUGUAACUGUCUGUGCACGUUUUUGCUGGCAGCUCACUGCAGUACGUUUUAACUGAGAGUACUUCCAGAUAUAUCUGUUUGCUCAUGGAAACACUAUUUCUGUGAAAUUUAAAGGAUCAUUAAUUUCAUCUAGCUAAUGUCAAAACAUGCACAGCACUAGGGCAGACUUUAAUUCUAUAUCUUCUAAGUUUCUGCAAGAAUGUGUUUAAAAAGCUACUUAAAUUGAAAUAUAUAUUGUAAACAAUAUGAGGUUAUGUUUUUCUAUCACUUUAUAACAAGCUUAGAAUUCUGUUACUAACACCAUUUAAAGAACAAAUAUUUUAACUAAAGGUUGUAUUUGAUUGUAAGAUACUGUAUAGUAUGUUUGAAGAUGAAUUUAAACUUCACUUUUCUCUGUAGCUUCCAGAGUAAUAUAUGAUGUUUAUAUUAUAUUGUGCAUUUAACAUAUGUUUUUGAUUCACUUUUUUUAAUGCUGGUCCAACCUUAAAAAGAUGUUUAAAGGUACUAAAGACAAAUAUAUGUUCUUGAAAAUCCUUGAGAACCUUUCAAGUUCAA